AUGACGACGGCCACGCGCGACAAGGAGGGUGCAGGCGGAGCUCGAAGCGCGUGUGACGGAAAACAGCGCCGAAGAGCCGCACGAAGCGUCGCUGUGCAUUGGCACCAGCAAAUCGGCCACCUCGCGUUCGUCACGAUUAAACGCAUGGCGCGCGACCCGGCAUCGGGCAUUCGGCUGAGCAGCAAAAAACGCAUGGCGUGCGUGUCGUGUCUCGAGGUCAAGCAGACGCGCAACAUGCAGUCGAAACAAGAAAGCGGCGUGCACUCGCCCAUCGAUUGCAUCGGCGGUGUCAUCUGCUGGGACCUGAAGGGUCCCAUGACGCCGCAGGAUCGACUCGGCAAUCGUUAA